AUGACGGAACGAGGGUCCUCGGUCCCUGGUCUAGAGGAGCCGGAACAGGUGACUCGAAAUGGCCAUGGCUUGGACCCCAGACCACCGACGCACAGGUCUGAGGAUACAUUACAGGCCCUGUCAUUAUUAAAAGACAAGCCAGAGCCUCGACAGACUGCACAAACUACCACCAAACAGGCUCCUAAAAGCGCGGUUGCGGAGAUUUCCGAGGCACAAGCGACCCUUCGACAAGCUUUCCCUCAUGUCUACGCAUCCGGGCGAGCACCCUCCACCCGCUCUUCGACGAGCUCUUUACAAGCACUUAAUGAGGAUAUCGUGGUCGAUGUUCGGUCGGAACAGGGCGGCGUGGGCCGCAGCCCUCGUAGGACAUCUCGACACUCCGAAAACACCCCCGAAUACCCUGUUUACCCCGACCAGUCCUAUGCCUCCCUCCAGUCCCAGAUUCAUCCGACCUACCAGUUGCCGCAUCUCGGAUCGCGCAGUUCCUACCCGUCACAGGCAGAGCCGACUCCCCGCUUCCCUCGGGUAUCUCGCACUGCCGGGAACACCCCGUUGUCGAGUCCGGGUCUCUUUUCAAUAAGGAGUCAUCGACACACUCCAUCUAUGGGCUCGGAUGAUGGAAGUGCAAUUGGCAGCCCGUUUCUUCACCCAACGCAUCUACAACCGCCCAAGGAAACCCACACCGUCGAAGUUGAUCGAGAUUUGGUGACUGGGAACAAAGUCAUCAAUCAGUAUGAGAUUCUUGAGGAACUAGGACGCGGAGAACAUGGCAAAGUGAAGCUGGGUCGGCAUAUCACCACCAAGCAGCAGGUUGCCAUCAAGAUUGUUCAACGAUACUCCAAGCGACGUCGACUUGGGAAGCUGGGCAAUCCAGAGGACAAGGUGAAAAAGGAGGUUGCGAUCUUGAAGAAGGCUCGGCAUCCCAAUGUUGUCAGUUUACUCGAGGUGAUCGAUGAUCCCAAUCGGCAAAAAGUCUAUAUUGUGUUGGAGUAUGUUGAGAACGGGGAGAUAGUUUGGCGGAAAAGGGGCUUGCGAGAGAUUGUUCAUGUCGACAAACUACGUCUGGAACGGGAGAUGGCUGGAAUACCUGAUACCCCAGCAUUCAUAGAAGAGAGUCAGCAAUUCAUUCGGACGGCGCAACACUUACGCCGCCAACGACAAAGGGCUAGGGAACGGGUUGAAGCGCAGGCCGCAGAUGCACAACAAGGGCCCAUUCCCGCUUGGAGUCUGGAGCAUGGUGCAGACACCUCGGAUGAAGAAGAUGACGAAGGGCUUGGACUAGCAAUCAGGCGGUCAUCCACCCGGUCGGUUGCUGUGACAGAUUCAUCUCCUAGUCAAUCCUCCGCCCAGGACUCAGCACUGGCUGCAGUCGAAGGCACUAUGUACGGCGCCUACUCAGACUAUCCAUUUGAAAGACGGUUCAGCACAGCAUCUAGCAGUUUCGGCUAUGCACCAUCUGAGCCGGAGUGGUCUGCCGAUGCGGAUGAUCUGUCUUAUGUCCCUUGCUUGACAAUUGCUGAGACUCGAAACGCCUUCCGUGACUCCGUUCUCGGACUAGAAUAUCUCCAUUUCCAGGGUAUUAUUCACCGUGAUAUCAAGCCAGCCAAUCUCCUGGUCACCAGUAAUUAUCGCGUUAAGAUCUCCGAUUUCGGCGUGUCUUAUUUGGGACGACCAUUGCAUGAUGAGGAAGAGGAGCAACUAGGCGAAGGAGAAACUGAUGCUACCGAACUGGAUGAUGCCCGUGAGCUGUCCAAGACCGUUGGUACACCUGCGUUCUACGCUCCGGAGCUGUGUUAUACUGGUGAUGACUUUCUUGAAACCAUCGGGUCGGUGCCCAAGAUCACAGGUGCCAUCGAUGUCUGGUCUCUAGGUGUCACUCUGUACGGCAUGAUCUUUGGACGUCUGCCUUUUGUGUCAGAUGAUGAGUACAGCAUGUUCCAGACCAUCGUGAAGAAGGAAGUUUUCAUUCCGCGCAAACGUCUCGUUCCUGUCGUGGACGACGCAUUGGACGUCGGCCAGGGAGCAUAUCGCAAUAGCGACGAACUUGUUUACGAGGACAUUGACGACGAGCUAUACGACCUGCUGCGCCGUCUGUUGACCAAAGACCCCUUCAAGCGCAUUACCUUGAAGGAGAUCAAACAUCAUCCAUGGACUCUGAAGGGUCUUCCCAACCCACGGGCUUGGGUGGAAGAGAGUGACCCCGGCUAUCAAAGCAAGGGCAAGAGAAUCGAGGUCUCUAACGAAGAAGUCACGAGUGCUGUCAGCAAGGUACCAUUCAUCCAGCGCGUUCGGUCCAAUGUCGCAAAAUGGUUUGGCGGUCGGUCCUCCAAGGACAAGGAGAGCCGCAAGCGAUCAAAUAAUUCCUCAGACACAUUGUCCUCGGCCUCGAGCAUAGGUACAUUCAGCAAGACUCCGUCUGGCAGUCGCCGAUCAAGCUUGAAAGGAGAUGAGGACAUUCGGGGGUCCAAGUUCAUCCCAGCAGAACAUCCACUCGCCCAGAGCGUCACAGCAAGCCCCGUGGAGGAAGAAUCCUCCUGGGGCAAUUAUUUUGAUGAUGCGAUCAUACCCGAGAUCAAUAAGAUGGCGGCUGUCUCAAGUGUAACGCCUCGACCCGGCCCUCCCCGGCGCGCCAAGUCCUCGAUGUCUACUGCAGAGUCUACAAAGACUGUCAAGCAGUCCAACUUCGACGCUACACCGACGAACAGACCGCGAACCGGCACUCCCUCGAUCAUCGAAGCUUUGGGAACCACCGGAUUUGGCAGUCUUUUCAGUGGUGCCCAUCGACGCGGUUCCCGAGGUUCUUACGGUAGCCGCAGUCGUCGUACUUCCCCGUCUGGAGAGGCAAUCUCGUUGGAUGGAGACCAUCGGUCCGAACCCAGCACCGCUGUGAGCAAUGCUUCAGCAAUGGGUCAUUUGCGAACGACAGGCUUGUGGCAUGCUGCAAGCCCUGCACCUUCUCGUAUCCCGGCUACGGCAUCAGCACACCGACGCAAUCGUUCCCAACAGCUCCCAGGUAAUUCUUCUGCAGAAUCAUUCCACCUCACCAAGGAAGCGCUUUUGCGCCGCAGAAAGAGCGACAUCGAGCCCAGCGCAGAUAAUGCACUGGCUCCGCACAUUGAAAGCGCGAUGGUCUCAACUGACUCCCUCCACUUGCCAUUAUUGGCUCCUCCCUUGGAUUCUCGACCUUCUGCCGAUCCCCCUCGCAAUGGCCUCGCUGCCUCCACCCCUUCUGCCGCCACUAUUUCUUCCUCUUCUGCGGAUGAUUUCACGAGCGGCAUGUCUCAGAGUGCUUCUCACCCUAGCAUCCCGUCUGUCAUCUCCGGCGCUUCGUCUCUAUCUGGUGAUGGUUUUUACCAAUUUAAAGAGAAAGACUCCGACGACACGACCACAGUGCCUUCUAUCCUCCGGACGGGGGAGACAAUCAAAGCCCACCAAUGCUCCCCUCGCCCAUCAGAGGAAGACGAGUCCAGAUACUACUGUGACGACGAGGACGAGGACGAAGAGUCUGAAGAGGAAAUUCUUGUGAUUGGAAAGAAGAAGCCAUCCACCAAAGCCCCCAUUCCCACCGGCAAGAAAGCCAGCGCCUAA